UCUUUCAUUCGCUGCCUUUCUCUCCGUGUGUGUAUGAGUGUGUGUGUGUGUGUGUGUGUGUGUCAGAGGCAUCCAUACCAAAAUCCCCGCACUCAUUCAGCUCAUGUUCCCGCACCUUUUCGCCGGAUCUAGUUACAUAACUGCCUUAUUUAAGAAGAAGAAGAAGAAACCUUUUUGACGUCCGCGCGACGUUUUUAACGGGUGUCGUAGCUUCAUCCGUCCACCUGGAAGAGCUCCUCUCUGGGCUUCCUCUCCCCGUCAGAAACCCUCGUGCCAUGCGGGAGGUGUAACCCUCCACCCUUUUCUUCUUUGUGUGCCACGGAAACCCUAAGCCAAGCCAAGAUGUCGGGCACCGACCCGUCAUUGCCGACAGACCCCCAGCUGCCUUUGACGUCCCCCCGCACUCCCCUGCAGCUUUCUUUUCCUUUCCUGAGGGAAGGCAGCCGUGUUUGGGAGAGGGAGAGGAAACCACCUCAGCCUGGAGAGCUACCCAGCCCACUGCCAACAAAACGCACACGCACAUACUCAGCGACAGUACGAGCCAGAUCAGGUCCUGUAUUUAAGGGCGUGUGUAAAAACUUUUCCAGAUCUCAGGGUCAUGGAUUCAUCCGUCCUACGCAUGGAGGAGAGGACAUCUUCGUUCACAUUUCUGACAUUGACGGGGAGUACGUGCCUAUGGAAGGAGACGAGGUCACAUACAAGGUGUGUCCGAUCCCGCCCAAGAACCAGAAAGUCCAGGCUGUGGAAGUGGUCAUCACCCACCUGAACCCGGGCACCAAGCACGAGACCUGGUCGGGUCAGAUCAUCAGCUCCUAGACAAGCGCUUCGGGCGUCACGGCGAGAACGUAACGGAGGAUUAGGGUUUUUUUAAUUUUAGGCUUUAUGUUUUUGUGGUGUGGCAGAUAGGGCAAUCUGAGCUUUCUGAGAGGUACAAGCAGGGCCACAGAUGUUUUGGUACGGAGGGCGAAGUGCGCCGUUAGGCUUGAAGUUAAGCAUUGAAUGUAUCUGAAUGUUUUUCUAGUGAAGGUUUAUGGGGUCGUCUGUAGGAUUUACGUAUUUUACGUCAAAGCCUCGAGUUCGGAAAGUAACACCACAAACGUUACUCAUUUCACCUCGAUAGGACGUGUGUUAGUUGGUUUUGAGGAUGUGAUGUCUCGGUUUAUUUGGGACGUGUGAAAGAGGCCAAAACGAGCUCAGAUCAAACGGGAAACGGUUUUGGCUCAUUGACUGCCAGUGGGAACCAUGUGACUUACAAAUUCAAGGGACCAGCUUGCUAGAGCUAUUUUCUUUUACUUUCAUGCUGGAAACUGGCGCACACUGUGCUGCCAAAUCUAAAAAAAAUAAAUUAAACACACACAAUAUAUUUACCCUUCUGUUUUUUUCUGUUACAGACUGCAUGUUGUAGGGAGAAAAAACUAGUUGUUUUCACGGAUGCUCUUUUUUUUUCUUCUAACAUUACAAGAACAUAUUCAUAAGUCAAAACCUUUGCAAGGUUGUUCUUUAUGCCGGUAAACCACCAACCGAGUGCACUCACACAAGCAGUUUGGUUUCACAGACAUCCUGUUUGUUCUAAAGACGUUUUGGCCUCAGCAGCUGGGUCGAGCUUGACAGUUUAGGAAAAGUUCUUUCAGUAUUGUAGCACUUUCUGUUAGUAGAUAAGGGCGGAGGUCCAGUUUCAUUGUAGCCAGGUCCUAUGACGGUCACAUGUUUUCUGUGGUAGAGAUGGUAUAAUGUUGUUAGCCUGCCACUGGAAACAAGGCCAGAGGGUUUAGGUUUGAGGGAGGAACAUGGCGACGGUAACAGGUCCUGGGUAAGGGUAGGAGAUGAAGUGAAGGAUCGAGCAGUGAUGCAGCUAUUUAGGGAAUGUAAGGAAGAAAUACAAAGUUUCAAGUCAGCACAUUGCAAACCAUUGCUCACAACCUGAAAGUGAACUGAAAAGAAAUAGUUUGAGAUUUU